AUGAAGGCUCUCGUGGAAGAAAACGUUAUUAUCAACGGCAACCGUAUCGCUUACGGAGUUUAUGGCCAUGGACAACCUGUUGUUCUUUUACAUGGGACUCCGUCUUCAUCCCUCAUCUGGCGCAAGGUGAUUCCGCAUCUCACCGGUACGGGCUUUAAAGUCUAUGUCUAUGAUUUGCUCGGAUACGGUCUCUCAGAGCGUCCAUGGAAUCCAGAAACUGACACCUCCAUCUCCGGGCAAGUCCCCAUCUUGGAAGAGCUGCUCACCCACUGGGGGCUAGACACAUUUCAUCUUAUUGCCCACGACAUUGGGGGUGGAGUCGCACAACGAUUUGCUGUUUUCUCUCCUCAACGGCUACGCUCCUUAUCACUGAUCGACGUCGUGAGCUUUGACAGCUACCCCUCCAAAAGAACAAAGCAGCAGAUGGAGAACGGAUUGAAAAGCCUCAUCAAGGCCAAGGACGAUGUGCAUCGAUCACACUUCAAAGAGUGGCUGCUCUCUGCUGUAUAUGACAAGGAACAGUUCACAAACGCAAGCCUCAACACUUUUUUGGAGUACAUAUCCGGACCCAUAGGCCAAGGCAGCUUCUUCCAGCACCAAGUGCGGCAUUAUGACCCGAGGCAUACGAUGGAAAUCGCGGAUCGGAUCCAUGAGCUUGGCAAGUUACCAGUGAAACUUAUUUGGGGUGCGGAUGAUGCAUGGCAAGUUGUUGACUGGGGACGUAAGCUUAAUCAGGCAAUUCCUGGCUCUGAAUUGGAAGUGAUUGAGCAUUGUGGACAUUUUUCACUAGAGGAUCAGCCAGAUAAGAUCUCACAGAUAUUGGUCAAUUUCUUGAAUCGCUAUGAAGAAAGGCCCGCAAACGCCGAAUGA